UCAUGGCGAACCUGAGCCCCAGCAUCGUGAUUGAUUAUGACGAACCAGGCUAUGACCUGGACUUGUUUUGCAUCCCUAAGCAUUAUGCCCAAGAUUUGGAGAAAGUUUUCAUUCCUCAUGGGCUUAUCAUGGACAGGACUGAACGUCUGGCACGAGAUGUGAUGAAGGAGAUGGGAAGCCACCAUAUCGUUGCCCUCUGCGUCCUCAAAGGUGGCUACAAGUUCUUUGCUGAUUUGCUGGAUUAUAUCAAGGCACUGAACAGGAAUAGUGACAAAUCAAUUCCUAUGACGGUAGAUUUUAUCAGACUAAAGAGCUACUGCAACCCCACGGAAGACAGAGCCCAGCAGCCACCCGUUGCCCAUUCCAGCACCUCCAUUUCUCGCUGCCUUUCGUACAACUGCCCCACUGACAACACGGAUAUGGAUGUGAACCUCAUCCUGGCGUAGAGCUUCCUCUUCGGAUGUGAGCUCAAGGCAGACAAAGAUUUCCAUUUCAAGGUGGGGAACGAGCAAACCGAGCACCAGCUUUCCCUGAGAACCGUGAACUUGGGUGCCAGCGCCAAGGACGAGCUGCACGUUGUCGAAGCCGAGGCCCUCAAUUUCGAAGGCAGCCCGACUACAGUCACUCUGGCAUCGCUGAAACUGUCCGUGUAGCCCACGGUCUCUCUUGGUGGCUUUGAAAUCACCCCUCUGGUCGUCUUGUGUCUGAAAUGCGGUUCCGGGCCCGUGUACUUUAGUGGCCAGCAUCUGGUUGCGCUGGAGGAAGAUGUGGAAGAAAAUAACAUGAAGGUUGUGAAUCUGCCUGCCAAGCGAGCUGCUUCUGAAGCCGAUGACAAGAUUCCCCCGAAAAAGAAUGACCAGUCUACUGGGGACAUAAAAGUGAUUAGUGGAGAUGAUCUCUCAACUUUAACUGGAAAGAAUGUCCUGAUUGUUGAAGACAUAAUCGACACGGGUAAAACAAUGCAGACUUUGCUUUCCCUGGUCAAGCAGUAUAAUCCAAAGAUGGUGAAAGUUGCCAGCUUGCUGGUGAAAAGAACACCUCGAAGUGUAGGAUACAGACCUGAUUUUGUUGGAUUUGAAAUUCCUGACAAAUUUGUCGUUGGCUAUGCCCUUGACUACAACGAAUACUUCAGGGACUUAAACCAUGUCUGUGUCAUUAGUGAGACUGGCAAAGACAAGUACAAAGCAUGAGAUGCAACUUGGUGGGCAGAGAAGCUUUGAAACACUUGGGGGAACCAAUCAACUUCACCUCUGGACCACCAGCUAAAUUUGUCCAAUGUUUCAGCCCUGUGACCAUCUGCUUAUUAGAGCUUUUUGCAUGUACUGUAUCUUGUCUGUUUUAUAUUUUAGGAAUGUCAAACAGUUGCUGCAGUUCUGAUUGCUGUUUCAUUUGCACUACAAAACCUAAAGACUAUCACUACCCCUGGGUG